AAAAAUCACCAUGAAUACUACUUCAAUGCUCCUUGUUUAUUAUAUGUUCAUCCUCACUACUCAAUUCUAACUCUCAUUCCGCAAUGGAAAUCGAACAUGAUGAUGACGAUGAAAACCUGAUCAGCGAAAACGAACAAGAUCUUUUGACGGUUUCUAUGAUGAAACUUCAUUCUGCACAGGAUGCCUUUAAGAUUGAAGUGCAAAAACUAAAGAAUGUUGGAAAAGAUGAUCACAAUAAUUCAGCUGAUCAUAGCAUCGAAACGGGAUCGAAACAAAACAGGGACUUGAAAACCGAACUCGACGAACUGAUGAAGCAAAAGAUAGAGGUUGAAGUGCAGCAUGUAGCAAUAUCGAAAGCAAUCGAACACUGGAAUGUAGAAUAUGAAGUGAUGGUGGAGGAACAAAAGAAGGUGUUAUUAGAACAAGUGGAGAUGAUGAAGAAGCUUGAAGAUGCAGAAGAAAAAGCUAUGGAGUUAAAGAUGCAAGCUGAAAAGUUGCAGGUGACAUGUGAAGAAAUUUUGGAAAAGGAACAAGUGUGGGAAGCAAGGAAUAUGGUAUGGAUAUUUUGUGUUAAGUUGAUGUUAUUGUUUGUUUUACUUGUGUUUUUCUUCUUUUUUGGUGUCUAGAUGUUGCAUUCUUUUAUGUUUUGCUUUAGUUUUGUUGUAGGGUUGAAUCAGUUUUAGUGUUUCCAUUAUAUAAAAAAAGUUUUUUUUUUUUUUUUUUAUUUUUUUUUUUAAGUCUUUUAGCAAAAGCAUAUCUAAUGGGGUUGCAUUGACCAAUCAAAUAGUGUCAAAUGUCAUUCAUCAACCAAAUAUGUAAAGUGUAGGAUUAGCCAUCUCAACCAUUUAACCGUCUCAGCCGCCUCGCAAAAAGUGUAGGCUUAGCCGUCUCUGGCAUUCAGUUGUUUCGGCCACCUCGAAAAAUGUAGGCUUCGCUAUCUUAGUCUUAAGCCGUUUUUAACUUGUAUGAUAUGUGAUUAUCGAAUACUCGAGGGAUUAUAUCGGAUAGCGCAUAAAUGAGUAUUUGGUCAGGCGGAGACUUAAGGGUAAAGGACGGA